CCCAGAUCGGCGCUAUGAGCCAUGGGCCUAUCAGAAGAUAUGGCGGCCAGCCCGGUGGAACCAGGUCGUUUCUUUUUCAGCUGCUCCUCGCUUGAUAUUGGGCUGCGCAUAUUGGUUGGUGGUACAAGUACGACAAGGCUAGCAAACAGGAGUGUGACAUGCCCUGUAGUCAGGCCGUUGGCACUUUUAUUUCUUUUCUUAAAAAACAGCGCACCCAGGUGGAAUAACCACUUGGAGUUAGGUUUGUUAGUACUGAUUACUACAAGCGGGAUAUCGGGUUGAUCCAAAAUACCAGACACGUCACGCCGCUCCUCGUGUCUACCUAGUCUAUUCUACCAGUCCCAGCCUGUGUAAAACAUCAACAACCUUGACCCUGUGAACAUGCACAAAGAUGAUGCACAGGAGACGGCGCGCCAUCACGAUCCUGCUGAGUCUGCUUAUUCUUUUCUUGGUCAUCGGCGGCGUGACCAACGUUUGGUCUACUCAGUCCACAGGCUCAAUAUGGCCAACCUGGUCCCUAGCAAGCGAUAAAUCGGGACCUCUUGAUGGAUGCCAUAAUAACACCAGCACCCUCAUACCACUGCAACCCUUGAAAGCACCCGCAGACUACCAAGAUACCGUCACCAACCCACUGUCCUGCCCAGGGCGUCUCGGGAUACCGUACCUCGAAGAGCUCCGUCAAAGCCGGGCAGCGUACUGCUCAUCGGAAUCGCCGUCGCAAUUAACAUGUUUCCACAGCCAGAAAGCAGGCGGCGGCAUCGACUCGUUCUGCGUCGGGCAACCCGCCGUUCUAGGCAUGAAGGCGAAGUUCCAACUCUUCUGCGAUGAGGUAGAGCCGUACACCAUCGAGACAAACGAGACUUCCCGCAAACUAGAUAACUUUCAGCCAUACUGGUACGAAACCGGGCCCCGAAUCAUCUUCGACCGAUUUAUCCGCCUCGAGAAUAAAGAGCUUGCCCCGUCGACCUUAACUGCGAAGAACUCGAGCGGAUUCUCAAUACUUCUUAAGCGCGAGGGACCAGACAACCUCUGGCAUAGUUUAAUGGAGAUUAUGGCCCUCAGCAUAACACUUGACGUGCUGCAGAUAACACGGAAGCAACAUUCGGCCGACGCCAUACUCAGCCCAGAAGACGCAGCCAACACCCAAGUUGUCUUGCUCGAAGAUGAACAUAGUAAAGAAGGCCCAUACUUCGACCUGUGGCGCCUCUUCGCGCAGCGGCCCACCGUCCGGCUUGCCGAAGUUCCCGCCGGCGCAGACAUGGGCACCCUCAUCAUCCCCCUGCCGGGCGCCAGCAACCCCGUCUGGCAGGACGAUUGGGAACCCAACAACUGCGCACACUCGCAGCUACUGCGCACAUUCUCGAAGCGCGUGCAGCGUCAUGUCGGCAUUUCUGACGAGGCCGACGCCGAUAACAAAGACGGAGACAAGAUUGUCGUGACUUUCAUCGACCGUAAGGGCUCCCGCAAGCUGGUGGACCAGGACAACCUCAUGGCGGCGCUGGAGAAGCGAUACAUCAACGCGCCCGUCCGCCUCGAGCUCAACAUCGUCGACAUGGCCGCUAUCCCGUUCGCACAGCAGGUCCAGAUGGUGCGCGACUCAGACGUGCUGGCGGGCGUGCACGGCGCAGGCCUGACGCACGCACUCUGGCUGCGCGAGCCCUCCGCUGUCGUCGAGAUCCUGCCCAAGGGAUUCAUGCACAAGGGAUUUCGGAACUUGGCUGGCGCUUUGGGGAACGACUACUUCAGCACGCAUGGCUCCAUUGUGCCCACUGAUGGUCGGGGUGAUGGUAAGGGUCCAAGUAGGAGGGCGGACUGGCAGACCGAGAACGUUGCCCUCGACGAGGCGCGCUUUGUCGAGUUAAUGGAGGUGGCCAUCAAGAGCAGGUACAACACCGGGCAACACAACUUUGAUAUAAACUAAAGCAUACUACCAAUACUAUGCUCGGUGGGAUGACAUUGCACGUUCACUGGUUCUCUUGUCUUGGAUAGAUGGAUAGUAUAGCUGAGCAGUAAGGAUGGCGUAUGGAGUAUCCACGGAAUCGCAACUACAUAGAAUUAUCAAAACUAUUGCAGAUAAGAUACCGCGAGGUUAUCUAUUGAGACGGGAGAUACCGCAGGUGAAUCAAGUUCAGUAGCGUCACACCAGGCCAAACCCUGUAUCGUGCGUAUAGCUACAUUGGUUAAUAUAGG